AUGGUUUAUAAGUAUGGUGGUAUUUCAUAUAAAUUUUUGGUUGGACUAAUUUCUAAAGGAGAUAUCAUACUACAAGCUAACCCUAAAGUUGUUCCUGAAGAAGAGAUCCAACCCCCAGCUAUCCCUCAAUCCAUCAAUCAUCAAGCAAAUCAACCUUUAGAAGUUAAUUAUGAGAACAAUGGUUUUAUUAAUGGAAUUUGUCAACAAAAAGUAAUCAAAGACUUUAAAGAUGUAGCUACUGAUAUGCUAGAAAAGGAAAAGCAAAUUGCAGCACUAGAAAGAGAAAAUAAACUUUUAAGGGAAAGAGUAGAUGCACAGGAACAUUAA